UCAAAAUCAACUGCUGCCAACUCCAAAUCGCCAAAACAAAACGUCACUCAGUUAACACGUAAAAACCUUCUUUAAUUCGAAAAGAACAGGAUUUUAUGGGGAAAAAGCGGCGAUUACCGCACGACUGACUCAGAAUGGCCCUUCUACGAAUUGAACGACCCACAAUCACCGUCUUCUACACGAAUUACAGCAGUUUUGCCAAAUUAUUAGAAUACAAGAAAUGUUUCAAAAUUUUGGGUAUUUCCGAAAACAGUGAGCAGGAACAAAUCCGAGCCGCUUACUUGAACCUUGUCAAGCGGUACCACCCCGAUAGUGGUACCAAAGAAGCUGAUGCGGAGAAAUUUUCACAAAUUGAUAAGGCGUUUCGCGUCCUAACUGAUAAGAAAUCGCGCGAGCGGUGGCAAGUCGAUGACGAAAUUCAAGUGCAAGAGCAGGACAUUAAACACACAGCCCCCCAACACCGGCAAUACUUGAGUUACGACGGUGUCGGGGUUGGAAAUCCCUUUCAGAGGCAAAAACAGUACACUAGAAUCCGGGCCCAACAUGCAGCUGACAACGUUUUGAAGCACCGAAUGUCCAAAGUUUCCGCCGAGGAAGGGGCUCUCCUGGCCAAGGCCCCCUUGAAGCACAACAUUAAGACCAAAUAUGGACUAGAGCGUCUCGUUGAGGACUUGAUUCAGGAAUCGAUGUCUCGGGGCGAAUUUAGCAAUUUAUCCGGCUCUGGAAAACCUCUUCCAAGUCACCAAAACCGCAACCCUUACGUUGACUUUGUGACCCAUAAACUAAACGAGGUUUUAAUAGAUAACGGGUUCACACCUGAAUGGAUUACGCUACAGAAGGAAAUAAGGGAAGAAAUUCAAGAAUUGAGGAAUUUUUUACGAGAAAAGCGCUCGUAUUUGGGCCCUUGUCCCCUAAGUGGUAAAGACAGUGACGAUUGGGCUAGAAUUGUACAAAACCGUAGAAAUACAGUCGAAUUGAUUAAUAAAAAAAUUGAUAAGUUUAAUUUGGUCGUCCCAAUUUUGAACAAGCAGAUGAUUCAGAUUAGUUUAGCGAAGGAAGCCGAGAGAAUUCUAGCAAAUGGGCAACACAGCGUCAAGCUAAAAGACUUGCCGCAGAACACGGACGAAAGUGGCCCCCCUGUGACCGAGAACAUCUUCGGAAUAAUCGAUUCUUUAUUCAAAAAAUAGUCUUAAUAAAUUUGAAUUUCAA